CGCCCGGAGCACAACGCCAACAUGGAGCCCAAGGACCUGCGGUGGCCCGGCGAGCUGGAGGAGAAGGAGGAGGAGGAGGACGAGAUGGCCAAGGCCUGGCUGCAGGUGCAACCCGGCGGGGCUUUUCCGCCGCCACUGCCCACGAGGCACUCGUACGCUGCGGCCGAAUGGACGCCUGCGGAGCAGAGAGCAGAGUCUUGGCAUCAUCCUCCUCAAGAAAGGGACUCUUCCCAAUCCUUGGAUACAUCUCAAACCAGGAUUACCAUGGGAGCAGAAGGAAUAGAAGUGACAGAUUUUCCUUCUCUGGAGGAAGGUGAAUUGACCCAAUCAGAAGGUCCAGUACAGGAACCAAAGCUAGAUCUAUUGUGUUCUCCAUUGCUAGUCAUACAGGAUAACUUUGCUACACCAGAUUUGCCUUUGCUGACGUGUUUGACACAAGACCAGGAGUUUGAGCCUGAUUCCUUAUUUCAACAAAGUGAACUAGAAUUUGCACCUUUGAGAGGAAUUCCUGAUAAGCCUGAAGACAGUGAACGGCUUUCUCGACCAUCAGAAGUUAGUGAAGCUUUAUUCCAGGCCGCCUUAGAAACAUCUUCAGAUUUAGUUAACAGUUGCCUUAGUAUCUCUCAGCACCCGCUUACAGGUAGCACAACUUUUGGGUCUCAGCGUUCUCUUUUCCCUCCUGAACAAGAGAAUAACGGAGAGAAUGGGCUGUCUAAAGCUGCUGAUGAACUGAAAACGCCAAAUGACUCUGAUCACUAUAAUGCUCUGUAUUCAUACAUGUCAUGGCAGGCAAGAAAGGAUACUCAGCAGCCAGAAGACAGCUUGACUGAUAAAAACCAAGUUUCUACUUCAGCUUUCUCUGAUGUUAGUGAUGAAAGCAUAACCACUAAAAGAGAUGAUGGUUUUGAUGCUUCUUGUUCUCAGGUUCAGUAUUGGAAACAGGGAGCUUCACAACAGGCAGAAACAUGUCUAGACAAUAAAGACCAUCGUUCUUUUCCAUGUGAAAUUGCUCCUCCUUGUCCCAAUAAGGUGUCAUAUUCUUUCUUGCAAUGCAUGUUGGAAAGAGGUAAAGGGGCUCUCUUGACCUCUGAGAGCCAUCCUGAAAAUGUUUGUUUAAGGGCUCCAGCUGAGGAUGAGAUGAAUCAAAACGUAGGUUCUUUGGAGGGCUAUGAAAGAAAUGAAGAUCUGCAGAAAGAAUUAUCUCAGUAUUUUAAACUAAAGGAGUCUAGAAAUAAUUUGUUAUCUUCAGAACUGCAUUCUACAUCUCCAGAGAUAAAGUACAUCAGGACUGUUGUUCCUGAUGAUUGUGAGCAGGUUUCAGGAGUACACAUACUCUCAAGGGGACUUGAUAUCUCUAAGAUGGAGGCUGCUGGAGGCCCUCUUCGAUCAGUUAAAUCCAACUUGGAUGAGACAUCACAACAACUGUAUUUUCAAGAGGACAGAAACCGAAAGGCAGCUUCUGUUUUUGGUGAGAAAAAUGUUGAUGCUACUGAAAAUGUAGCCUUUGAGGCAGUUAUUGCCUCAAUUGAGCCUUCGAAGCAAGAGAGUCCUGUAAGUGAAGUCCAAACUGACAUCAAUAAAUCUUUAGCAGAUGAAAGUCAAGAGAGAGAACCCCCAAAUCCACAUAUUUCCCCAUUAAAUUAUAACAAUAAAAACUCUUUCAUUGAUAAGCUUAAACAUCCAAAGUAUCAGUCCACUACCGGGGUGCUUGAACCAGCAGCUUCAAAGCCAGUGUUGCAUAAAGAAGAUGAUGGUGCUGGCUCCCUAUAUUUGUAUCCAAAUUUAAAGUCGCCCUCUAAUGCUGCUCGGAGCAUGCUCAGCCAGCCAUUUUCUUUUAUUCCAGAGCAUAAGUCAUCUCCUUUAAGUGAAAAAGCUUACAACCAGGCUGUUGGUCUUGGGGAAACACAGUCACCUUUAUUUCCGUAUGACAUAUGCAGUCUUGACCUUACAGAGAAGGGAGGAUCUUCAAACAUUAUUUAUCCAAUGAAAGUAUCAACUUCAGAUUCUUGGGUUGUACGAGAUUUAAAGCAGCAGACCUUUGAAGAAGUUGCAGAUUCCUCAGACUAUUAUUUGGAGGGCCUGCAGGGGAAGGCUGGGUCUGACGUCAUUACUCUGGAUGGUGAUACUGAGUACUCCAGCCUGCAUGGAAAUGCUGUUGCACACAGUAAAAGAGUCACUGAACUACAAAGACAGAUAUGUGGCCUGCAUGGCUUAACUGGUGAGUUCUUGGAGCUCGCAGAUUUAGACAAUUUGCUUGAUGAUCUUUGUGACAGCUCCUUGUAUUGGCUACCUUCUUCAAAACUGUCAUCUAAGGAGAGCAAUUUUGAAAAGCUUGGAGACCGUUCUAAUCUGAGCACUAGCCAGCCUUUUCCAUCUGCAUUGCCUCCAUUUGUUCCUCAAGAACCAACCAGCGAAUCAGAAUAUCAUUCCUCCAAUCUCAGAAUGUUGAGAGUAUCUCCUGAUGCUCUGCCAGCAACCCUCAGACGUUUAACAGGUGACACUUCUAAAGGAGGCAUAGCUGCACUUACGCAAUGCAAGUUGAAAUCAGACACCACUGCCAGUCUUGGAGAUUCACCCACUGGACCUCCCUCAUCUUUGCCCCUUGAAGACUUACCUCAGUUGGCUGUACGUUCUCUUCAGGAGAACACUGUUGGUCACCAUGCUUAUGCUAUCAACCAGAAAGCAUUGACAGGUAGUCAUCUCACUGAAGAGAGCCUGAAAGUCUCAGAUAUUCCUGAAUCAGCUGACCAGAAGACUGGGAUAUUAGCAGUACCUUCUACUUCCUACUCAUAUAGGGAAAAUCCCAGUAUUUUGUCAGGUGGUCAUCUAACAGGCCAGUCACUUACAGUUUCAGCUAUUACUACAACCGACUUGAAGACUGGGGCAAUAGCAUUACCUUCUUCUUCAUACUCACAGAAUGAGAAGCCCGGUAUUUUCUAUCAGCAGGAAUUGACAGACAGUUAUCCAACUGAGGAGGUUCUCAAAGUUGUUUCUGGACCAGUUGACCAGAAGACUGGAAUAACAAUAACAUCUUCCAUUUCUCACUCACAUAGAGAGAAGCCUGGCAGUUUCUAUCAACAGGUUGCACCUGAAGGUCAUUUAUCUGAAGAGGCUCCCAAAACUUUAGCUCAUCUUGGGCUAGCUGAGCAGAAUAUGGGGACUUCACCUGUAAUCCCUACCUCCUUUUCACAAAGAGAGACGCCUACUAUUUUAUAUCAAGAGGGCUUACAAGACGGUCCUCAAAUUGCUCAGGCACUGACAGUUUUAACAUUUCCUGGACAAGCUGACCAGAAGAGUGGUCUAGCAAUGGUGUCAUCUACUUCCUCCUCACAAAGAAAUAAGCCUGGUAUUCUCUACCAGCAGGCCAUGCCAGGCAGUCAUUUACCUAAAGAGAAUGUGAAAGCGUCAGCUGCUCUUGGGCCAACUGAUCAGAAAAGUGGCUUAGCAACAGUACUUUCUACUUCCUACUCACAGAGAGAUAAGCCUGGUAUUUUCUACCAACAGGCCUCAAAAGCAGGUGGUAAUUUACCCGAAGACAUUCUGAAAACUUCAGCUGACCAGAAGUUUGAUGGUCCAGCUAUAACCGCUACUACCUACUCAUAUAGGGAAGAAUCUAGUAUUUUUUACCAACAAGAAUUGCCAGAGGGUCAUUUAACUGACAAGACAAUGCAAGGUUCAGCUCUUCCUGGACCAACUGACCAGAAUGUAACUAUACUGUCCUCUACUUCUCAUUUACAUGGAGAAAAGUCUCAUACUUACCAGGCUUUGCCAGAAAAUUACCUGAGUCAUCAGACUUGGAAAGUGUCCUCUGUUCCUGGAUCUGCUGACCAGAUUGUUGGAGCACCAGGAAUCCUUUCUACCUACUCGAAUGGAAUAAAGCCUGGUAGCUUUUCUCAAGAAGAGUGGCCAGACAGGCAUCUUACUGAAGAGACUCAGAAAGCUUCAGCUUCUCCUGGGCUGGCUGACCAGAAGCCUGGGACACCAACAAUACACUCUAGUUCUUACUCACAGGGAAUGAAGCCUGGUAUUUUCUGUCAACAGCUCUUGUCACAUAGGCAUCCAAGUAAAGAGUCUCUGGAUGUUUCAGCCGUUUCUAGAUCAUCUGACCAAAAGACCUGGGCCCCAACAGUAACCUCUGCUUCCCAGCCACAUAGAGAAACAGCUAAGGUUUUCUACCAGCAGACAUUAUCAGACAGUCAUCUAACUGAAGAGGCAUUGCCAGUUCCUGUUGUUCCUAGCCGAAGUAGCCAGAAGACUUCUUUACCUUCAGAAUCAUCUGGUUCUUCCUCUCACAGAGAGCCCAUUGUUUCCCCCAAACAAACCCUGCCAAGCACUCAUCUACCUGAAGAUGCUGUGAAAGUUUCAGCUGAUUCUGGAUCAGCUGACCAGAAUGCUAAUAGUCCAACAAUGUCUUCUAGUUCCUAUUCCCACAAAAAGAAACCUAGUAUUUAUCAACAAGAGUUGCCAGGUAGUCAUGUACCUACAGGGACUUGGAAAAUUGCAUUUGUUCCUGAAUCAACUGCCCAGAAGCCUGGGAUGUCCCACCUGUAUAGUGAGAAGCCCAUUGUUUUCUUUCAGCAAGAGUUGCCAGAUAGUUAUCCAGUAGAAAAACCUACAAAAGCCUUAUUUGUCCCAGGACCAGCUGACCAGCUAUCUGGGGUGCCAACUUUAACCACUGCUUCCUACUCAUGUGAAGAAAAGCCCAGUAUUUCCUAUCAGCAGAAGUUUCCAGAUAGCCAUCUAACUGAAAAUAUGCUGAAAGUCUCAGGUGCACCUGGACCAGCAGAUCAAAAGACAGGGACAUCAAAAGUAUCCUCUACUUCCUAUUCACGAAGAGAGAGGCCUGGUAUUUUCUAUGAACAGGCCCUACCAGAUGGCCCUGUAUCUGAGGAAGCUCUGAAAGCUUCCACUGCUUCUAGGCCAGCUGACCAAAGCAUUACUAUACCGUCUAUAACCUCUACCUUCUCACAAAGAGAGAAACCUGGUGGUUUUUACCAACAGGCCAUGCCAGGUGUUCAUUUACCUGGGGUGUCUCUCAAAGCUUCAGCUGCUCCUGAACCAGCAGACCAGAAUACUGGGACAUUAGCAAUAUCUUCAGGUCCCCACCCACUUGGAGAGGAGUCCAUUAUUUUCUACCAGUCUCGUUUACUAGGUAGCCCACUCUCUGCAGAGAAUUUCACAGUGCCACUUGUUUCUGGAGCAACUGAACAGAAGACUGAUACACCAACAGGCGUAUCAAUUGGAUACCCAGGUUCCCACCCAGUUGGAGAGAAGCACAUUAUUUUCUACCAGCAGGCCUUGCCAGAUAGUCAUCUACCUAAAGAGACUUUGAAUGUCUUAACUUCUCCUGGACCUGUGGACCUGAAGACUGGGGAACCAACGAUAUAUUCCACCUCCUAUCCCUUUGGAGAAAAGCCCAUUAUUCUGUACCAGCAGGCCUUGCCAGAGGCUCAGCUAACUAAAGAGGGUCACAAAGUUUCAGUUGUUUCUGGGCCAGUGGACCAGAAGACUGGGAUACCUCUCAUCACCUCUUCUUCAUGCCCAAAUCUAGAGAACGUGAUCGAUUCUUACCAACAAGAGUUGCCAGAUGGUCAUCUAACUGAAAACACUAAGAAAGUUUCAGUUGUUCCUGGACCAACUGACCAGAAGACUGGGAUACCAACAGUACCCCCUACUUCCUCAUGUAUAGUGAGGCCUAGUGCUUCUUACCAGCAAGAGUUGCCAGAUCUCAGUGAAAAAGCUUUGAAAGCUUUAGGUGUUGUCAGACCUGCUCAACAGAAAACUGGAAUACAAAUAUUGUCUUCUACUCCUUAUUCACAUAAAGGGAGGCCUAGUAUUUCUUUUCAGCAAGAGUUACCAGAUCUUACUAAAGAAGCUUUGCAAGUGCUAGGUGUUCCUGGAGUUUCUAAGCAGAAGACUGAGGUAUACAUAGUACCCUCUGUCCCUUACUCACAUGAGGAGAAGCCCAUCAUCUCUUACCAGCAGGAGUUACCAGAUCUUACUGAAGAAGCUUUGAAAACAGGAGAGGUUCCUGGGUCUACUGAUGGGAAGACUCGGAUACAAAUAGUUUCCUCUGGCCUCUACUUGAGUAGAGAGAAGCCCGAUGGUUUUCAUCAGCAGGAAUUGCCAAAUUUUGGUGAGGAAGCUUUAGGUGUUUUUGUUCAUCCUGGACCAGUUGUCCAGAAGGUUGGAAUACCAGUAGAACCUUUAAGUUACUACUCACAGAGAGAGCCCAGUGCUUUCUCCCCGCAGGAGUUGCCAGCCAGCCAUCUUACCGAAGAGGCUCUGAAUGUGCCAGCUCUUUCUGUACUAGGAACGCAGAAACCUGGGGCACCAUCAGGGCCUUCGAGUUCCUACUUCCAUAGAGAGAAGCUCAAUGAUUUUUAUCAACGGGCCUUGCCAUAUCAUCAUCCAACUGAAGGUUCUUUGAAAGCUUCAACUGUUCCUGGACUAUAUGACCAGAAUAGGAGACCUACAGUACCAUCUGGUUCCUGUUCAUUCAAGGAGAAAGUCAAGAUUUCAACUGCAGAUCUGCUCCAUGACCAGAAGACUAAGUUGCCAACUGCUGCCCAUAGUUCCUACUUAAAUAGAGAGAAGCCUGUGAUUUCAACUGUGAUUAGACCAGAUGACCAGAAGACUCCAUUACUGACAGUUUUUCAUGGUUCUUAUCCUCAAAGAAUAAAGCCUGUUAUUUUCUUUCAAAAACAGUUGCCAGGUAGAGAUCAAAGUGAAGAUACUUUAAAGAUUUCAACUGACUCUGAACCAACUGAUGUGAACACAGAGACACCAGUACUUCUCUCCGGUUCUUAUUCACACACAGAGAAAGCGGAUACAUUUUAUCCACAGGAAUUGCCAGAUAGACAUCUAACUGAAGAUGCUCCGAAGGGCUCAAGUGGUCUUGGACAAGUUGAUCAGAUUGCCUGGGUACCAACAGUUUCUCUUGGUAUUUACUCACAUGAUGAGAAGCACCAACUUGUCUCAGAACAUGCCCAGAGGCCGAUAGAUAAUUUGAAUUCUCCGGACUCUUUUCUCAGACCAAACAAUAUGCCUUUAAAUUCUCAGAUUGAUGAUGCAGUUAUCAUAAGUAAGCCAGAAUCUUCAACCAUUGGAGAUGUUGGUUAUGAGGAAAUCCGGGAUGCAGAUAAUAGUUCCAAAACUCUUAAAGAAAUUCGCACUCUCUUAAUGGAGGCAGAAAACAUAGCACUGAAAGGGUGCAACUUCCCUGCUCCCUUGGUCCUCUUCAGAGAUGUUAGCGAUGUUUCAUUUAUACAGUCUAAGAAGGUAGUUUGCUUCAAAGAGCCCUCCACAACUGAUGUUUGUAAUCAGAGAGAUCCAGUUACAGAGGAAUGCCCACGCAUGCAGAAGGAUAUUGGCACACAGACGAAUUUGAAAUACCAGAGAGGUAUUGAAAACUGGGAGUUUAUUAGUUCAACUACAAUUAGAAGUCCUCUACAGGAAGCAGAAGACACAGCCAGAGUGGCAUUUGAUGAAACGUUUAGGCAAUACGAAGCUGCCAGGUCUGCUAUGAGGUCUGAACCUGAAGGUUACAGUGCAGCCAUUGGGAAUAAAAUUGUCAUUCCUAUGAUGACCAUCAUAAAAAGUGACUCGAACAGUGAUAUAAGUGAUGGUUGCUGCUCACGGGACAGUAACUUACCAGAGUCUUUGGAAUCAGCUUCUGAUAUUUUUCUAAACUCUUUUCCAUAUACUUCACCCAAGACAAGCAUGACAGACAGCCGAGAUGAGGAGGGGUUGUCAGAGAACGAGGACAGCUGUGGUAGCAUAGAUUCACUGGCCGCACAUGUGAAGUACCUUCUGCAAUGUGAAUCCUCACUGAAUCAGGCCAAACAAAUACUUAGAAAUGCAGAGGAAGAGGAAUGCCGGGUCCAAGCACAAGCCUGGAAUCUGAAGUUUAAUUUAGGACAUGACUAUGGAUACUCCAUUUCAGAAUUAAAUGAAGAUGACAGGAAGAAAGUAGAAGAAAUCAAGGCAAAGUUGUUUGGUCAUGAGAGAGCAGCCCAUGUGUCCGAGGAUUUACAGAGUCCAUGGGGAAUAGGAUGUGUGCCCAAAGCCGUAUGUGGUCACAUUAUCAUUGAGAGCCAUGAAAAAGGAUGUUUCAGGACUCUUACUGCUGAACAACCACACCUGCAUGGCCACCCUUGUGUUUUGAGAUCUGCUGACCCUUCAGAAGUGAUUAGAGGACGACGGAGCCCAUCAUCAUGGAGAACCAGGCAUAUCAACAUUUCCAAAUCACUAGACCAGAGCAACCCCCGUUUUAAAGUUUGGGAUUCCUUGCAGUUACAAAGUCACCCCCCAUUUCAACAACUUACACCCGAGGACUUCAAAAUUAGCAAGGGUGUUGGAGUGUCAUUCAAUGCCAAUUUUGAUCCUCGGCUGUCAGAAUUAGUAGAGCCUACUUGUAUGCCAUCUGAAGAAAUGGAUUUUCCUUCUUCUACACAAACAUCACCCCCAGAACCCAUGAAACAGUUUACUACCUCCAUCACUUUGUCUUCUCACCAACAUCCUGACUGCAUUUCAGAUACCUCUGUUUUUAAGGUUGGUGUUACUGAAGGUAGCCAGUGUACUGGACCAUCUGGGUGGGUGUGUAAGUCUCAUAAACCCGAAGAGCAGAUUUCUCCUAAAGAUCUUACACAGAAAACCCCUUCCCCUUCAUCACUUAAAAGACAUAGUCAUUCACCAGUGACUAUUUUAGCAGAAGGUGAUAGGCAAAGGCACAAAUUACCUGUUGAUUCUGAGCAUUCUCAUCAAAAAGGAAAACUCUUAGAAAGAUCAUAUUUUAAAGCCAGUCAUUCAGACCCUAGUGUCAGUACAAAUUAUAGCAAUUUCAAGGGAGUUCAAUUUUCUCAUAAAGAUAUUCUCAUUAUUCUGGACAAACUGAGUUCCACAUCAGAAGUAAAAGAGAAGAAUGUAGCUUUAACUCCUGAUCUUUCUUCUUGCAUUUUUCUUGAACAACAAGAGCUCUUUGAACAAAGCCACACCCCACAUACAGAUCAUCAUGUGAGAAAAUACCGUUCUCCCUCUUGUCCAGACAUCGCUUCUUGUAUUUUUCUUGAGCAACAAGAACUCUUUGAACAAAGCAAAGCCCCACAUACAGAUCAUACGAUGAGAGAAGACCAUGCUCUCUUGCCUCAGUGCCACGAUUAUAUAGUUUCAGACCUUCCUUCUGUUUUUCUUGAACAGCAGCAGUACAAAUCCCAAGAUGUAGAUGACCACAUGAGAAAUCUUUCUCAAGGUCAGUGUUCUGUAGUAGAAAAGAUUGAGUGUAUUCCUAAAUCACACUUUUCUAAUCUGAUAAAUGUUGAAGCCAAGUUCAGUAAUAUGAUCUCCCAGUCAGCCCCUGACCACUGUACAUCUGCAUCUACUCCACCUUCAAAUAGAAAAGCGAUUUCAUGUGUUCAUAUAACUCUGUGUCCCAAGACUCCUUCCAAGUUGGAUAGUGGAACAGAUGAAAGAUUUCACUCACUGGAUCCUGCUUCUAAAACAAGGAUUAAUAGUGAGUUUAAUUGUGAUCUACAAACUAUAUCUUCAAGAUCAUUGGAACCAACCUCCAAAUUAUUGACCUGUAAACCUGUAGCACAGGAUCAAGAAUUUUUAGGUUUUCAAGGACCUAAAUCUCCACUGGACUUGGAAGUUGUACAGUCUUCUCUUCCAGCUAGUAAGACUGUCACUCAGGACUUGAAAACCAUACCUCCUCAGAAUAGCCAGAUGGUAAUCUCAAGGCAAACACAAGUGAACAUUUCAGAUUUGGAAGGACCACAGGGGACUCCAGUGUCUGCAGAUGGUUCACGAGAUCAGAGUGAGACCCCCUCUGGAAAGUUAUUUUCUGAUGCAGUCACUCAGAUAACAACAGAAAGUCCAGAAAAAACUACGUUUUCAUCUGAAAUUUUUAUUAAUGCUGGUCUGGACCCCACUACCCAGAAGCCACACAAGUUUCCUGUCAAGUUUGCCUCAUCUUCUUCCGUGCAGCAGCACACAGCUUCUCGUGGCAAAGAUGCCCAGCGUGAGCUGUUGCCAUAUAAGCCAUCUGGUAGUUCGAAGAUGUACUAUGUUCCACAAUUAAAAACAGUUCCUUCAUUUCCGGAUUUCAAAUCAGACACUACAGUUGAGAGCUCACAUCCAGGGUCCAAUGAUGCUAUUGCCCCAGAUUUUCCACCUCAGGUGCUAGGCACAAGAGAUGAUGACCUCUCAGCUACUGUGAACAUUAAACAUAAAGAAGGGAUCUAUAGUAAGAGGGCAGUAACUAAGGGGAAAAAACGGUUUCAGAAGGAUAAUGCAGAGGCCCCAGUUCAAGCACCCAUCACUGGGGAUGUUCAGAAAGAGAUCAUCAGUGGAGUUUUCUUGACGAAGACUGCAAGACCUGAAGAAAAAGAAUCUUUGCAGGACACUACAGAUUCCUGUGAUGCUGCUGUACAGGACAGAAAAACUGAAAGACUGGCAGACACUAAGUUUAUUAAGCAGACAGAGGAGACCUGUGUUAAGAGGACCAUUCAUCAGGAAGUCUGUCCAGAGAAGGAAAAAUCCUUAGAGACAGAUAGUUCAGAGUCUGAAUGUCAUUCAUCAUUUGAAAAUACCACCCACUCUGCCUUCAGAUCAGCAAAGUUUUGCUUCGAUCAUCCAGUGCACCUGCCCCAUGAGCAAGAUAUCUGCCAUGAGUCUUUGGGAAGGAGUGUUUCCAUGCAGCAUUCUAGGAAGGAUUUCUUUCACCAUCAUUCAGAUACACACAGAGAGCACAGCUGCCUUCCUCCCCCUCACCCAAGUGUGGACAAAAUGGACUACAGCAGAAUAAAGAGCCUCAGCAUCAAUUUGAAUUUAGGUGACAUCGAGAAAAUGCAUACUACCAAGAGCCAGUCCAAAGAUCAUCCUAAAAGCAAAACACAGAUGAAUGACCCAAAAAAGGAACUUAAGGUCACCCCAGAACUAACAGCUCAGUGUACUGUGAGUUUGAAUGAGCUCUGGAACAAGUACCAAGAGCGACAGAAGCAGCAGAAGCCACCUGAUAUCUGUGAUAAGAAGGAGCUAUCUUUGGUGGAACGACUUCAUCGUUUGGCCAAACUGCUUCAGAAUCCCAUCACACAUUCACUCCAGUUCUCAGAAAGUACACAGGAUGAUAGCAGAAGGGGACACGGGGCGAGGGGACAGGGCGGUGGGAGGCAGCAGCAGCAGAAAAGCAGGACACAGAAGCAGAAGUGGUGUAAGAGCCUUGAGAAGGGCCCCCAAAAUGCGGGUUACCGUGGACCAAGCAGAGAGCUUUCUCCUCAGCAGGAUAACAGUUCCAGUCAGAUUAAGACUGAGCAAAUUAAACUCAAUAAAUACAUCCUGAGAAAACAGCCAGAUUUUAAUUUUAUCAGUAACAGCUCCUUAGAUUCGAGACCCUCAGAGGAAAGUGAGCUGCUCACAGAUAGUCCCACCAACUGUCUUUCCAGUACUACCUCUCCUUUGGACUCGGAUGUAUUGACCCAGACUGACAGAGAGGUGACUUUGCACGAAAGGAGUAGCUCCAUUUCCACUAUUGACACGGCUCGGUUGGUACAAGCUUUUGGCCGUGAAAGACUGUAUUUGUCACCGAGGCGAAUUAAAUUGUACAGCAGCAUCACCAACCAACAGAGGAGAUAUCUGGAGAAGCGGUGUAAGCACAACAAGAAAACACUGAACACAGGCCAUCCCCAAAUGACUUCUGAGCACACCAGAAGGAGGCACAUCCAGGUGGCAGAUCAUUUGGUUUCUUCAGACUCUGUUUCCUCCACCAGUAGUUUCUUGAGCUUGAAUUCUACUCCGUGUAAUGAGCAAAGUGUGCACCUGUUGAACAAGAGCAUACAAACAGGUAACUUUGAGAUUAUGACUGGUACCAAGAAACAUACCCGGGAUGUUGGGGUGACUUUCCCAACUCCGAGCUCUAGUGAGGCCAGAUUAGAAGACAGUGAUAUGACUUCAUGUCCAGAAGAAAAAGUCCAAGAGAAAAUGUUCUUUAUCAGUUAUCUUGGUAACAAAAAGUUACAGAAGGACAAGCCCAAAUCCUGUAAAGGGGUCUCAUGGUUUGUUCCUGUGGAAUAUGUGAAGUCUGCAUCUAAGAAGGAAAACCUGCCCAACGUUUAUGUCCCUGGCAUCACCUGGUUUGAACCAGUAACCAGAACCAAACCUUGGAGGGAGCCACUGAGGGAACAGAACUGGCAAGGACAGUGCACGGAUGGUUGGUGGUCGCUGGGAGGCCCAGGUGGAGAUGGUGGCUGUGUCCCACCGAGGCCAUUUGUGAGAGCAACCCUGCAGGAAGCUCUUCAGCUUCACAGGCCUGACUUCAUCUCCCGCUCUGGGGAGCGGAUAAAGCGCCUAAAGUUAACAGUCCAGGAGAGGAAGCUGCAGAACAUGUUCCAGAGUGAGCGGGAUGUUCUGUUCAAUGUACACCCCCUGCGUAGGAGAGUCUUCCUGGCUCCCCAGAACAAGCCUAUUGGAAAGAAGGAAAUGAUUCAGAGGUCCAAACGGAUUUAUGAGCAGCUUCCAGAGGUAAAGAAGAAGAGAGAAGAGGAGAAGAGGAAAUCAGAGUAUAAAUCCUACCGGCUACGAGCUCAGCACUAUAAAAUGAAAGUGACCAAUCAACUCCUUGGGAGGAAAGUUCCCUGGGACUGACAAGAUUAUUUUCCUCAGAGUUUUGUAAUUAUUUUUUUUGUGCGCCUGAAGAAGCCUAGUCCUUACUUUAAUGGAUAUGACUUAACAAAACUUCCUCUUUGUUCAUUAGUAACUUUGGGGUCUGGGGCAGUGAUUCGAGUGGCUGAUGGUUUGGAAGCAGUCCUUUCUCCAUCAAGCCUUUGAGCAUAGGGUCGGUCCUUACAAUGGGACUCUCUUAAUUCUAGCCAAGAGGGAGUUCAUUUUUGUACGCGUUUUUAUAGUUUUAGAAAAUAAAUUGCUUUUGAUCGACUCAUACUAAAGCAAGCAGAAGCAGGUUAUUUCUUUCCCAUCUGGAGAAGAACCUAGAGCUGGGCAGUCUACCCUGAUGUGUCAAAACUCAUUGGAGGGAAAUGGGCUGUAGAAUGAAAUGUGGCCUAUCUCCUUAAAGAACAGAAUGACAUGACUGAGAGCCUUGGCAUGGGCUUGGAGUAUCUGGUCCAUUUGCACUGGAGUGAGAGACUUCCAACACACACAGGCAGGCACAAGAGUCCCUUAACCUCUCUGCAGCUGUCCAGGGAUUGGUUUUGGAGCCUAGGAGAAAGGCUACCAGCCUUCUUUAGUGGGUCUUCCUCUAUUUACCUGUUUGCUAGAUUAAAGUCUCAAACCAUUCACCAUCUCAUAUGAACCAAUAUUUAUAACUUAGAGAAUGACUUCUGGAAAACAUACAUUGAUAAAUGAGGUAAUACCCGCACCACAUUCAUCUAGCACCUGGUCAGGGACAGUGGGGUUUCCUCCCUUGUGGCCUGGAAUCACAACUAAGGCCCGAAACUGAGGAAAGAAGGUGCAGUAAGUACAGCAGACCCAGCCAGACCAGGGACUGCCCCAGCAGGCUUCUUGGAGGCAGCAUAAGUGUGGACCUGCAGUCAAGUUGUGCAGUCCAGACUUGUGUCUGAACCCAGAAAGAUGCCGAGUAGAUGCACAGAAAAAUGUCUUUCUUCAGACUGGAAAGAUGGCUCAGUGCUUAAGACAUGUUCUGUUUUUGCAGAAAACUACCGUUUAGUUCCUAGUACUACACCAGACAGCUCACAACAGCCUGUAACUCCAGCCCCAAAAGAUCUGACAACUUUUUCUAGACUCCACUGGUGCCUGUGCUCUUAUGCACACACCCACACACAGACAUACACAAAAUAUCUUUUCCUUAAUAUCUUUAAUAGUUUUUAAUGAAAUUUUUGUGAUUUUCAUACAGUAUAAUUUGAUAUUUAGAUCCCCUCUCCUAUCCCCACCUCCCAUUA